GUCACUUAACGAAUAAUAAGGCUGGGGGGACGUGAUUAAUUAGUAUGACGUUUGUUCCUAGUUCGCUGCGAUAACGGGGUAUUUGAGUAUUAGCCGCUUUUCCUGGCUGCAAAUAUUGUUUACAUAUAGGUACCCUGUUGUGUGUGGGUGUGUGUGUGUGAGUGGUGUGUACCUGUCCGUAUAUGCAUAGACAAACAGUUAGCUUGUUUUCAAUACGCAAAUAAAGUAAUAAAACCUUAAACCCUGGUGUCAAAGCUCAAAUUUAAGGCCGCAACAUACGGUGCGAGCUUAAUUGAUUACCAUUUACCGUUAACGUCAACAAACGGAAAACAAGAUCUGCCGUGUUUAAACAGACCAUCUACCUGCGUGGGGCUCUUUUGUAUCGAUUAUCCUUUAUAACCGCCCACGCCUGGCACUCCCCCUCCGAGACAGCUCUCGUCCAUCUGUGGGAAUAAUCAAUACACAACAACAAAGUCAUGGUGCGGUCUAGUGAUAAGCAGCAACAGUAGGGCCGCAGCCCAGCCCCCAGCCCACCGCCCUCAACGCAAAAAGCAACCAACCAAUCGAGCAACCCAUCACCCCCAUCGUCAAACCGCAUUGACAGGAAGAACAGUCAAAAGCAAUUACCAUUCUCCAUCCCCCAUUCCCCCAAGCGCACCUGCAAUUUCCGGUGCCUAGAAAAAAACGAUGACACGCGAAGAACGUCAACGAAUUGUGGACACGUCGAAUAGCAGCAGCAGCGGUGAGGAUGAGGCCAGGCCUGUGGUGCGGAGGCGGAGCAUCCGCGACACGGUGCUGGCGCCGCCCAAGGAGGAUACGGGAUGCUGUAAUCCCUCCAGCACGCCGCACCGUUUCCUCGCACUGGUGUUUAUGUGCCUCCUGGGAUUUGGUUCCUACUUUUGCUACGAUAACCCCGGGGCUCUGCAGGAUGUUUUCCAAAAGGAGCUGGACCUCAACUCGACCGAAUUCACGCUGAUCUAUUCUAUCUACUCGUGGCCGAACAUUGUGCUCUGCUUCGUGGGCGGUUUCCUGAUCGAUCGCGUCUUUGGCAUCCGUUUGGGCACCAUCAUCUAUAUGCUGAUUGUGCUCGUCGGGCAGUUGAUAUUCGCCACUGGCGGUGUCCUGGGUCAUUUUUGGUUGAUGAUCAUUGGUCGCUUUGUGUUCGGCAUUGGAGCAGAGUCGCUGGCUGUGGCCCAGAACAGCUAUGCGGUGCUGUGGUUCAAAGGCAAGGAGUUAAAUAUGGUCUUUGGCCUGCAACUGUCGGUGGCCCGCUUCGGCAGCACCGUAAAUUUUUGGAUAAUGCAGCCCCUGUAUGGCUAUGUCUCAAAAUCGUACGCUGGCUACACUGGACUGGGUGUGGCCCUGUUUCUGGCCUCCACCACCUGUGUCAUGUCUUUGAUUUGCACUCUGAUUCUGGGUUGGAUGGACAAACGGGCCGAGCGCAUUCUGAAGCGUAAUAACAAUCCGGGUGGAGAGAUUGCCAAGCUGAGCGACAUAGUCACCUUCAAGAUGGAUUUCUGGAUGGUAUCGGUGGUGUGCGUGGCCUACUAUGUGGCCAUCUUCCCCUUCGUUGCCUUGGGACAGGCCUUCUUCGUGAACAACUUCCACAUGACGCCGGACGAGGCGAACACUGUCAACUCGAUUGUCUACCUGAUCUCGGCUAUUGCCUCGCCAUUGUUUGGAUUCAUCAUCGAUAAGGUGGGACGCAAUGUAACCUGGGUGUUCUGUGCCACCAUCUCCACGUUUGUGGCUCAUGCUCUGCUGACAUUCACCCACCUAGACCCGUACAUUGGCAUGAGCAUUAUGGGGCUCUCCUAUUCCAUGUUGGCAGCCAGUCUUUGGCCGUUGGUUUCCCUGAUUGUUCCCGAGUAUCAGUUAGGCACAGCAUAUGGCUUCUGCCAGUCUGUACAGAAUUUGGGCCUGGCUGUAGUGACCAUUGUGGCCGGCAUCAUUGUGGAUAGUAGUGGUGGCAGCCACUUCUGGCUGCAGCUCUUCUUCAUGUUGUUCUUGCUGAUUUCUCUGAUGGCAACCUGUGCAAUCUGGGCCUACAAUCGCAAACAUCAGGGCAAUUUGAAUAUGUCGCCAGCACAGCGGGCCACGUAUCACACAUCGAUGUACGUGAAUAUUGAGUCGAGUUGAUUGAUGUUUGAUGUACUGAGCAUGCUAUUGAUUGAUUAAUUGAUGUCUUGACGUUGUAUUGGUGUCUUUAUCUCUAUUGUAUAUGUAUGUCUCUGAUGUCGCAUCACUGAUUAAUUGCCAUUCUCUUUCUAAAUGUAUUUACUCUGCGUACCAAAACCAAAAGCUCAAUCCGACGCGCAACUGUGGAUCGACGGCCUCUUUUGGGCCACUAAAAAUGUACUACUAUACUAACUAUACUCGCAUAAGAACAAAUAACCCAAUUGUGAUGUUACCGCCAUCUCUCUAUAGUACUUGACUUGUUAUGCAACGUUGGAGCACAUUCUGCUAACCGCACAAAUGUCGUGGAUCCUUGAUCUUGGUCGUUAUCGUAUUCGUAUUCGUUCCGUUCAACUCCUAGCCAAUAUCCAAAUACUAUUAUACAUAUCAGUAUAUGCAGAAAUUAUUGUUAUAAUUGUGGAUUAUUGUUUUGUUUUAAAAUAAAUUAAUGUAAAUGUACAUUCACCGAAAAAAGCAAA